AUGAGCGGAUCGUGUGCUUGUUAUGGUUUGAAUGUCAUGGGCAUGGCACUUUCCACGACCAUGGCGGUUGUCCUCUGUAUCAACUGUCACUCACUGGCAUGGUAUGGCAGUGAUGCGAGAGGCAACAAUUUAGUUGGAGCUCUUCCUGAGUACUGGGCCUCGCUCAACCACCUACUCGCUCAACCACCUACUCGCUCAACCACCUACUCGCUCAACCACCUACUCGCUCAACCACCUACUCGCUCAACCACCUACUCGCUCAACCACCUACUCGCUCAACCACCUACUCGCUCAACCACCUACUCGCUCAACCACCUACUCGCUCAACCACCUACUCGCUCAACCACCUACUCGCUCAACCACCUACUCGCUCAACCACCUACUCGCUCAACCACCUACUCGCUCAACCACCUACUCGCUCAACCACCUACUCGCUCAACCACCUACUCGCUCAACCACCUACUCGCUCAACCACCUACUCGCUCAACUACCUACUCGCUCAACUACCUACUCGCUCAACUACCUACUCGCUCAACUACCUACUCGCUCAACUACCUACUCGCUCAACCUACCUCAACCACCUACUCGCUCAACCACCUACUCGCUCAACCACCUACUCGCUCAACCACCUACUCGCUCAACCACCUACUCGCUCAACCACCUACUCGCUCAACCACCUACUCGCUCAACCACCUACUCGCUCAACCACCUACUCGCUCAACCACCUACUCGCUCAACCACCUACUCGCUCAACCACCUACUCGCUCAACCACCUACUCGCUCAACCACCUACUCGCUCAACCACCUACUCGCUCAACCACCUACUCGCUCAACCACCUACUCGCUCAACCACCUACUCGCUCAACCACCUACUCGCUCAACCACCUACUCGCUCAACCACCUACUCGCUCAACCACCUACUCGCUCAACCACCUACUCGCUCAACCACCUACUCGCUCAACCACCUACUCGCUCAACCACCUACUCGCUCAACCACCUACUCGCUCAACCACCUACUCGCUCAACCACCUACUCGCUCAACCACCUACUCGCUCAACCACCUACUCGCUCAACCACCUACUCGCUCAACUACCUACUCGCUCAACUACCUACUCGCUCAACUACCUACUCGCUCAACUACCUACUCGCUCAACUACCUACUCGCUCAACUACCUACUCGCUCAACUACCUACUCGCUCAACUGCCUACUCGCUCAACUACCUACUCGCUCAACCACCUACUCGCUCAACCACCUACUCGCUCAACCACCUACUCGCUCAACCACCUACUCGCUCAACCACCUACUCGCUCAACCACCUACUCGCUCAACCACCUACUCGCUCAACCACCUACUCGCUCAACCACCUACUCGCUCAACCACCUACUCGCUCAACUACCUACUCGCUCAACUACCUACUCGCUCAACUACCUACUCGCUCAACUACCUACUCGCUCAACUACCUACUCGCUCAACUACCUACUCGCUCAACUACCUACUCGCUCAACUACCUACUCGCUCAACUACCUACUCGCUCAACCACCUACUCGCUCAACCACCUACUCGCUCAACCACCUACUCGCUCAACCACCUACUCGCUCAACCACCUACUCGCUCAACCACCUACUCGCUCAACCACCUACUCGCUCAACCACCUACUCGCUCAACCACCUACUCGCUCAACCACCUACUCGCUCAACCACCUACUCGCUCAACCACCUACUCGCUCAACCACCUACUCGCUCAACCACCUACUCGCUCAACCACCUACUCGCUCAACCACCUACUCGCUCAACCACCUACUCGCUCAACCACCUACUCGCUCAACCACCUACUCGCUCAACCACCUACUCGCUCAACCACCUACUCGCUCAACCACCUACUCGCUCAACUACCUACUCGCUCAACUACCUACUCGCUCAACUACCUACUCGCUCAACUACCUACUCGCUCAACUACCUACUCGCUCAACUACCUACUCGCUCAACUACCUACUCGCUCAACUACCUACUCGCUCAACUACCUACUCGCUCAACUACCUACUCGCUCAACUACCUACUCGCUCAACCACCUACUCGCUCAACCACCUACUCGCUCAACCACCUACUCGCUCAACCACCUACUCGCUCAACCACCUACUCGCUCAACCACCUACUCGCUCAACCACCUACUCGCUCAACCACCUACUCGCUCAACCACCUACUCGCUCAACCACCUACUCGCUCAACUACCUACUCGCUCAACUACCUACUCGCUCAACUACCUACUCGCUCAACUACCUACUCGCUCAACCACCUACUCGCUCAACCACCUACUCGCUUAACCACCUACUCGCUCAACCACCUACUCGCUCAACCACCUACUCGCUCAACCACCUACUCGCUCAACCACCUACUCGCUCAACCACCUACUCGCUCAACUACCUACUCGCUCAACUACCUACUCGCUCAACUACCUACUCGCUCAACUACCUACUCGCUCAACUACCUACUCGCUCAACUACCUACUCGCUCAACUACCUACUCGCUCAACUACCUACUCGCUCAACUACCUACUCGCUCAACUACCUACUCGCUCAACCACCUACUCGCUCAACCACCUACUCGCUUAACCACCUACUCGCUCAACCACCUACUCGCUCAACCACCUACUCGCUCAACCACCUACUCGCUCAACCACCUACUCGCUCAACCACCUACUCGCUCAACCACCUACUCGCUCAACCACCUACUCGCUCAACCACCUACUCGCUCAACUACCUACUCGCUCAACUACCUACUCGCUCAACUACCUACUCGCUCAACUACCUACUCGCUCAACUACCUACUCGCUCAACUACCUACUCGCUCAACUACCUACUCGCUCAACUACCUACUCGCUCAACUACCUACUCGCUCAACUACCUACUCGCUCAACUACCUACUCGCUCAACCACCUACUCGCUCAACCACCUACUCGCUCAACCACCUACUCGCUCAACCACCUACUCGCUCAACCACCUACUCGCUCAACCACCUACUCGCUCAACCACCUACUCGCUCAACCACCUACUCGCUCAACCACCUACUCGCUCAACCACCUACUCGCUCAACCACCUACUCGCUCAACCACCUACUCGCUCAACCACCUACUCGCUCAACUACCUACUCGCUCAACCUACCUACUCGCUCAACUACCUACUCGCUCAACUACCUACUCGCUCAACCACCUACUCGCUCAACCACCUACUCGCUCAACCACCUACUCGCUCAACCACCUACUCGCUCAACCACCUACUCGCUCAACCACCUACUCGCUCAACCACCUACUCGCUCAACCACCUACUCGCUCAACCACCUACUCGCUCAACCACCUACUCGCUCAACCACCUACUCGCUCAACCACCUACUCGCUCAACCACCUACUCGCUCAACCACCUACUCGCUCAACCACCUACUCGCUCAACCACCUACUCGCUCAACCACCUACUCGCUCAACCACCUACUCGCUCAACCACCUACUCGCUCAACCACCUACUCGCUCAACCACCUACUCGCUCAACCACCUACUCGCUCAACCACCUACUCGCUCAACCACCUACUCGCUCAACCACCUACUCGCUCAACCACCUACUCGCUCAACCACCUACUCGCUCAACCACCUACUCACCACCUACUCGCUCAACCACCUACUCGCUCAACCACCUACUCGCUCAACCACCUACUCGCUCAACCACCUACUCGCUCAACCACCUACUCGCUCAACUACCUACUCGCUCAACUACCUACUCGCUCAACUACCUACUCGCUCAACUACCUACUCGCUCAACUACCUACUCGCUCAACCACCUACUCGCUCAACCACCUACUCGCUCAACCACCUACUCGCUCAACCACCUACUCGCUCAACCACCUACUCGCUCAACCACCUACUCGCUCAACCACCUACUCGCUCAACCACCUACUCGCUCAACCACCUACUCGCUCAACCACCUACUCGCUCAACCACCUACUCGCUCAACCACCUACUCGCUCAACCACCUACUCGCUCAACCACCUACUCGCUCAACCACCUACUCGCUCAACCACCUACUCGCUCAACCACCUACUCGCUCAACCACCUACUCGCUCAACCACCUACUCGCUCAACCACCUACUCGCUCAACCACCUACUCGCUCAACCACCUACUCGCUCAACCACCUACUCGCUCAACCACCUACUCGCUCAACCACCUACUCGCUCAACCACCUACUCGCUCAACCACCUACUCGCUCAACCACCUACUCGCUCAACCACCUACUCGCUCAACCACCUACUCGCUCAACCACCUACUCGCUCAACCACCUACUCGCUCAACCACCUACUCGCUCAACCACCUACUCGCUCAACUACCUACUCGCUCAACUACCUACUCGCUCAACUACCUACUCGCUCAACUACCUACUCGCUCAACUACCUACUCGCUCAACUACCUACUCGCUCAACUACCUACUCGCUCAACUACCUACUCGCUCAACUACCUACUCGCUCAACUACCUACUCGCUCAACACCUACUCGCUCAACCACCUACUCGCUCAACCACCUACUCGCUCAACCACCUACUCGCUCAACCACCUACUCGCUCAACCACCUACUCGCUCAACCACCUACUCGCUCAACCACCUACUCGCUCAACCACCUACUCGCUCAACCACCUACUCGCUCAACCACCUACUCGCUCAACCACCUACUCGCUCAACCACCUACUCGCUCAACCACCUACUCGCUCAACCACCUACUCGCUCAACCACCUACUCGCUCAACUACCUACUCGCUCAACUACCUACUCGCUCAACUACCUACUCGCUCAACUACCUACUCGCUCAACUACCUACUCGCUCAACUACCUACUCGCUCAACUACCUACUCGCUCAACUACCUACUCGCUCAACUACCUACUCGCUCAACUACCUACUCGCUCAACUACCUACUCGCUCAACCACCUACUCGCUCAACCACCUACUCGCUCAACCACCUACUCGCUCAACCACCUACUCGCUCAACCACCUACUCGCUCAACCACCUACUCGCUCAACCACCUACUCGCUCAACCACCUACUCGCUCAACCACCUACUCGCUCAACCACCUACUCGCUCAACCACCUACUCGCUCAACCACCUACUCGCUCAACCACCUACUCGCUCAACUACCUACUCGCUCAACUACCUACUCGCUCAACUACCUACUCGCUCAACUACCUACACGCUCAACUACCUACUCGCUCAACUACCUACUCGCUCAACUACCUACUCGCUCAACUACCUACUCGCUCAACUACCUACUCGCUCAACUACCCACUCGCUCAACUACCUACUCGCUCAACUACCUACUAGCUCAACUACCUACUCGCUCAACUACCUACUCGCUCAACUACCUACUCGCUCAACUACCUACUCGCUCAACUACCAACUCGCUCAACUACCUACUCGCUCAACUACCUACUCGCUCAACUACCUACUCGCUCAACUACCUACUCGCUCAACUACCUACUCGCUCAACUACCUACUCGCUCAACUACCUACUCGCUCAACUACCUACUCGCUCAACCACCUACUCGCUCAACUAUUUAGUUGGAGCUCAACCACCUCACCUACUUUUGCUGCUCCAUGUGAUCCCGUCGUGCUUUUCACAACCAAACACUACUGCAGGCAAUGA